AGAAAAGGCGGUUCUAAUGAGUUGAUCAUCUUAGUCUGGGCGGGCCGAUGACACUACGGCUAGAUUGGAGAGAAACGUAUCGUCAAUAUCCUCACAUCGACGUGUCAGUGCUGUCUCCCAAUCUUGUUUGACAUCACGUUUCAUACUGUAGAGCUGGGGUGACUCCCGACGGGUUAUGACAAGACGCCACACCCUGCCAGCCUGCAGCGGUGGUAGUUUUCUGGGGCGGCGUGGAGAAGCGACGCUGUAAACAGAAGCCAGGGACCAGGAAACAGCCGGCCGCUCCAGACUGAAGCUAGCUAGUUAGCUUACAGAUCAAGCAGAAUGACUUCGGAUAAUCCAACUUCCCAAAAAGAGCUGUGUCUGGUGCUGCUGGGGAAGAGAGGAGCAGGGAAGAGCACAACAGGAAACACCAUCCUGGGCAGAGAGGCCUUCCUGCCCCAGCAGCCUGGCAGCCAUGACAGUCAGGGGAGUGAGAAACAGUGUGCGACUGUGGCAGGUAGACAGGUGACGGUGGUGGAGACUCCUGACUGGCUCGGCUCAGAGCUCCCCCUGGAGGAGAGGAUGCGUCACAUCUCCUCCUGUCUGGCCCUGUCUGCCCCGGGACCCCAGGCUUUCCUGCUGUGUGUCCCCCUGGAGACGCCUCCCCACAGGGCUCUGCAGCACCUGGCCGUCCUGGAGACCCUGCUUGGGCCAGGGGCCGUCAGGGACCACACCCUGGUGCUCUUCACCCACACAGAGCAGCUGGGCCUGGGCUUGGAGGAGCAGAUGAGCUCCCUGACACCGGAGCUGUUGGAGCUUGUGGAGAGCUGCGGAGGGAGGUACCACGGCCUGGAGACAGGGGGCGGGGGGGAGGAGGGUGAGGAGAAGAGGAGGAGAAGGAGGAGGAGGAGGGUGGAGGAGCUGAUGGAGAAGGUGGAGGAGAUGCUGAGAGAGAGCGGGGAGGAGAGGUACAGCUGUGCUCUGUACCUGCAGGUGGAGGAAAGAGUGAGGGGGAGACAGAGAGAGCUGGUCAGAGAGACAAGAGGGGGGGAGACACCCUUGGAUGAAGAGCCGGACGAGGAGGAGAUGGAGAUAGUGAGGGAGGAGGCGGAGAGGAGCGUCGGAGACCUGGACAUAGACCUGGAGAGUCUUCCCUCUCCCUCCCCCUCUCCCUCCCCCUCGUCCCCCUCCCCCUGGUCCGUGCAGGGCUGGUGGGAGUGGCUGCUGGGCUGGCUCCGAGCUGUCCCGGGGCUGGUGGGGGCUGAGGCCCUGCUGGGGUCAGUGGUGGGGCUGGUCGUGGGGGGGCCGGUGGGGGGGAUGCUGGGGGCCACCGUCAGGUCUUUGGCCACGGAGGUGGGGCGCAGAAAGACCCCCAACACAGCCGCCAGUAAGAAACACAGAUGAGGAGGGGGAGGGAGGGAGAGAGGGGGAGACACAGAGAGAGAUUAUGUCUACCACCUUCACCUUGUCUCUGUGUCACUCACCAUACUGCUGUAUUUGGAGCCUGAGGAAUAUUUAUUACUUUAUUGCAAAUAUGGGGAGGGAAAUGAGUCUUUGCCCAUUUAUGACAUCACAACCAGGUCUAUGACAUCACAACCAGGUCAACAUAUCAUUAAUAGAUGUUUUCAUCCAUAAUCAACAACAACAAAUGAUGUGAUGAAUGUAGUUCAAUUUUUAACAGCACCAGUUACACGUCUGUCACCUUUAAAAUGACCUCCCCAUGUUUUAAAGUGUCUGCUAGUGCUAAAUGAAUAAAAUGGAAAUGGAGAUCUGGCUGGCCUUCAGCUUGGGUGUUUUAAAGCUACCACUAGAUGGCGACACUGACCACAGCCAACUGAGAGAGAAUAUAACCCUUAUCCCUACCAGUCUAAUAUAACCUGCUGGUCCACAUCCUACCAGUCUAAUAUAACCUGCUGGUCCACAUCCUACCAGUCUAAUAUAACCUGCUGGUCCACAUCCUACCAAUGUAAUAUAACCUGCUGGUCCACAUCCUACCAGUCUAAUAUAACCUGCAGGUCCACAUCCUACCAGUCUAAUAUAACCUACUGUUACACCUACCAGUAACCAUCUGUCCACCCCUCUCUCUCUCUCUCUCUCUCUCUCUCUCUCUCUCUCUCUCUCUCUCUCUCUCAAUUGAAUGGGCUUUGUUUGAAUAAGAGACAGUACGAUAAUAAAUAAAAUAAAAACUGUUUCACUGGUUGUGGUGAAACUGUUGGUUCGCUGGCAGUUUUGACUGCCCAAUAAAGAUAUCUUUAAAGUC